AUGAAGAAAGAUCCAGAGAAAGGCAAGUCUCUCUUGUGGAAAACAGCAACCAGUAGAGCUGCUGGAGUCAAGGUUCAUGAUGACCCAAAGUUGCUGAAACAAAGCAUAAAAAAGGACCAGAAGAAGCAUCAGAAGAACGCUGAGAAAUGGAAGGAAAGGGUUGAAACCACACACAAGUUGAAACAAGACAAACAGAAGAAGAGAUCUGAUAAUAUAUCAGCAAAACUUGAUGAGAAGAAAAAGCGCAAAAUUGCAAAGAGAGAGAAGAAACUAAUGCGGCCAGGAUUUGAAGGUCGCAAAAAAGGUUAUGUCAAUGGCGGUGCAUAAACUCAUUACUGAUCGGUAAGCUUCUACCGUGGCGUUUUUAUGUGGUUACUAAUGGAAGAACUAGUAUAAGCAGGAUAUGAAAGGCCGGGGGAGGAGUUGUGUUCUUCUAGAGCUCCUCCUGGAUCUUUGUCUCCCCUUUUUGUUAUUUGUAAUUCCUACUAUU